AUGGAUGAGGAAAAGAUUACUACCCAGCAAGAAGAAGAUCUUCAAUCCAUUAUAUACAGUAGUACUCAGUAUUUUGCCUCACUACCAUUGGCUUCACCUGUGAUUGGUACUGUCUCAUCAGAAGCAGGUAGCUUUGGCAACGGAGUGGCAUUCAAAUCCAGCAAUUUUGGUGAUCAAAAUCUACUACUUGUCCAUAACACCACCACUGCUGGUCACUCUUCGCUUGACUCUUGCCGGCAGGCCAACUAUCAAAACCUGUCUUCAAAUAUUGCUAGUGUCGGUGAUAGGCCUUCGCUAGAUUCCCAUCCACACGCUCACAGAAAAAACCAGACUAGCAGCUUCAAAAGCCUACUUCUGGAAAAUACCAACACUUCUCAUCCCCAUAUUCUCAGCCAAAACCAGCAGAUGGGCCAUCAAUGCCUAAGUCCCAAUAACACUGGCAACUUCAGCCAAAACCAGCAGGCCUUGUAUCAAAAUCUGCUUCUGAAUAAUACUAAUAAUGGUGGCAUCUCUUCGCUGGAUUCUAAUCAACAUACUUUCAGCCAUAACCAGCAGCCCAGCCCUCAAAACCCCCUUCCAAAUAAUACCAGCAUCAGUGUUAGAUCUUUGUUAGAUUACCAUGGAAAUACUCCCAGGCAAAACCAACCUGUGGGGCAUCAAAACCUUCCUCCCAAUAAUACUAGUAUUAACUCUUUGUUGGAUUCCCAUUUGCAGACUUCUAGCCAAAACCUUCUUCCCAAUGAUGCUAACGCCGGUGGUAGCUCUUUGCUAGAUUCCAUUCCUCAUAGUCUCAGCCAAAACCAGCUGGUUGACAAUGAAAGCCUACUUCCAAAUGGUAACAGCAUUGAAAAUGGCUUUUCAGAUUGGGACUCAGCAGAUGGAACUUCAUUUCUGAGUGCAUUUGAGGAAAAUGAAGAUCUCUUUUCUACAUUCAAUGAUAUUAACCAUAUCAAUUCACCAGAAAGUGAUUUUUCCAUGGCACCAAGUCUAGAUCCCGUGCAAUUUUCAGUUGAACCAACAACUGUGCAGCCACCAGUGCCACUUGCACCAACAGCAUCUAUUCCACUACCAAAACCAAUUGAUAUAGUUUCAUCAGUAAGAUUGCACGAAAAUCUGUCCACAGUUGAUCUUGAAGAGCAUUCACAUCUCGAUCCAAAGCGGGCAAGGAGAAUUAUCAUAAACCGGAAAGCAGCUAUGAAGGCGAAGGAUAAGAGGAAGCAGUACUUAUCAGAGCUUGAAUACAAAAUACAGAGCCUGCAAUCCAAGUCAAACACAUUUUCUGCUCAGUUAACACUGUUGCAGACAAACAAAGAUUCGCUAUCUGCUGAGCAAAACAAAUUGAAACACCGUUUGAGCACCAUUAUGGAUGAGGUUCAGUUGCAAGAAAUGCUGAAUGAGGCAGUGAGUGAGGAGAUCCACAACCUGAAAUUAUUGACUGGAGUACUAUCUUUAUCUCCAGAUGGUAUUGAGUUGCUCAACAAUUGGCUUUCUUCUCAAACCAACAAUCAUCCAAUAGAUGCAUUCACUAAUCCACAGCAUCUUCCACAGCUCCAAGUUCAGUCCUCAAGUCAGCAGCAACGAACCCUAUCAAACUCCCAACCGAUGGAUAAACUUAGAUCUAUACAAGAACUUCCACAACUGCAAGUGCAAGCCCCAAAUCACCACCAGCCACAACAACUUCCACAGCUCCAACUUCCAACCUCAAGUCAGCAGCAACAAUCCCACCGUGAAGCCCCAAAACAAAGAGAAAAACUCAGUUCUGGACAACAGCAUCUGCAGAUCCAACUUCAAGUUCCCAAUCAGCAGCAACAACUCCACCACCAGGUCCCGCAACAAUUAGGAGCGCUUAGCACUAUGGAACAGCUUCCACAACUCCUAGUUCAGACCCUAAAUCCGCAACAAUGCCACUAUUUGGCCACAAGUGAGCAGCAAGGAUCCCCAUCUCUGCUUCAACAGCAUCCGGUUCCACAACAGCAUCCCAGGAAAAGGCCAACCAUACACAAUACAAGUGUGGGAAGCCCCAACAGCAGCAACAUGCAUCCUCAGCAAUCUCAGUCACAUCAGACAGAAGAACAUCUUCACCGGCAUAUUGGACAUAGUGCUUUCUACAAGGAUAUUGAGAGACCGGAGCUGGAUAUUGAUUCAAGGAGUCAGCAGCUCUUCAUGCCUUGA